UCCUUUUUUAUCUCCUCGAAUCUGAUUCUCUCUCCUAAUCUCACUUGCACAGUUAGUUACACUACAUGAUGACUGCCUAAAAUUUCAUUUCAAUAAACAGAAAAACAAUUACAUAUGCAAUAAAUAGCCAAUUUCAGAUUGGCUCAUAUCAAGAAUAAACCCGUAUACACGAAGAUCCCUAAAAUUCAAGGCUGGUUUGAGGAUUUUGUGAAGUGUGAAUGAUGGAGGAGAUGUAUUCUGGUCUGAGACGAUGGGAGGACAUGGAUAUUGAUAUCUUGGUGAAGAUUUUCGAGAAUUUGAACAUCGUUGAACUCACCUCUGGAGUUGCUCAUGUUUGUCACACGUGGAGAAUGGCGGCCUGUGACCCUUUGCUAUGGAGGACACUUGAUUUGUCUUUGCUAAAGUCCAACUUCAUCAAAAUCCCGUUGGAGCCCUACGUGUAUGUGGAUGGCCGAUCUGAUAAAACUUUUACGCGGGUUUUGAAGAUUGCUCUCAAUCUCAGCCGCCAAAACAUACUCACCCUCAUUUUUCAUUACAAUAUGUAUGUCAGUGACGAUCAACUCACCUAUACAGCUCAAAGGUGCCCACGGCUGAAGCGGCUGGUGAUGCCGGCGUGGAACAGAAUAAAGAAGACGGGCAUAUGUCGGGCUGUUCGUAUGUGGGAAGAUUUGGAGUCACUAACAAUGCCAAGCAUAUCAAACCCCCCAUAUCUAAUGGAGGAGAUUUCGAGAAGUUGCAAGAAUUUUGCUGAACUGAAAGUAAUGGGACCAUGCGACAUAUUUUUUGCAUCCACACUAGCUGCGUUUCUGCCAAACCUAAAAGUUCUGAGCCUGCGUUGCUCGGUGUUGUUCAAGGAUGCUCUGAUCAUAAUCUUGGAGUGCCUGCCGGGACUAGAAGUUCUCAACAUAUCGCACUGCCUGCUCGUGGAAGUGCCCCCGCAGCCUGCGCCUAGGAGAGUCCUGGGAGCGCUGGACAAGUCGAUUCUGGAGAGAGCCAGCAGGCUGAAGAAGUUGGUGACGUGCAUGAGCGAGUCGUGCACGAUGUGCCAGCGAACGAGGAGCGACGAGGGGCUCAUAAGGUGGUACAAGUACGAGGAAGAUCUUUGGAGGGAUGAUGAAGUCAAUUCUCUUGCAAUAUGAGAAAAUUGUAUGAGCACAUAAGUUGAUGUACAUAAGUUGUGCUGCUGCAACCAGGAUUUAUUUUUAUUUUUCAGACACAGAGAGAUAGCCGCGGCAUCUUUUGUAUUUGAAUUCUUUUCAAUGUGCAUUUGUAUUUA